AUAUUGCGGAGCCGUGACAGAAGAACGUCACACUUUAUUAAUUGCUUAGUUUCGCGCACUUUUAUAAGGAUUAAUGAGUUAAUAAUGUGAGCAGCUCUCACUCAGUCAGCACACUGCAGAGGGACUGGACACGGUCCCCCCCACUCCUUCCCGUAACACUUUCCCUCACCUCAGGACCAGCAGAGGCAGCUCACUGUGAUCAACACACACCGUACUGCAACCACUCCAGCCCCUACACACACACAUCACGCAACAGCUGCCUCACACUUCCUCGUGCAGCAUCAUGCUGAGCCAGCUGAGGUUGCCAGAUCUGGACGAUGUGGGUCAGUACCUCAGGAGUCUGUCCACGCCCACGUUGGUCAGCGUGGGAGCCGUGGCGGCCGCGACCACCUACUACCUGGCAACGCGGCCCAGAGCCCUCCCUCCUGUCUGCAACCUCCACAUGCAGUCAGUGGAGGUUCCGGGAGGAGAGCUGGUGCGUCGAUCAGCUCUGCUGAAUGGAAACGGUCACAUGACACAUUUCUACGACGACGCCAGAACCAUGUAUGAAUUCUUCCUCAGAGGGCUCCGAGUUUCCAAUAAUGGUCCCUGUCUGGGCUCCAGGAAACCCAAACAGCCUUAUGAAUGGAUGUCCUACAGAGAGGUAAUGGAGCAAACAGAGAAUCUGGGUUCUGCAUUUCUUCACAAAGGACACUCCAAGACCAGCGACCCCUACAUCGGUAUCUUCUCUCAGAACAGACCAGAGUGGACCAUCACGGAGCUGGCGUGUUACACUUAUUCUCUGGUGUCAGUCCCUCUGUACGAUACACUGGGAACUGAAGCCAUCCACUACAUCAUAGACAAAGCCUCCAUCUCCACAAUAGUGUGUGACGUGGUAGAUAAAGUCAAUCUGGUGCUGGACUGCGUUAAGGACAGGAAACACACAGUGAAAACCAUCGUUCUGAUGGAGACACCCAGCGCAGACCUGGUCCAAAGAGGCCAACAAGCUGGAAUCCACGUGGUCAGCCUGCAGGAGAUGGAGGCUAUCGGGAAGACCAACCGUCACCAACCACUGCCUCCCCAAACUGACGACAUGGCAGUCAUCUGUUUCACCAGUGGAACAACAGGGAACCCAAAGGGAGCGAUGUUGACACAUGGGAAUAUUGUGUCCAACUGCUCCUCCUUCAUCAAAAUAACAGAGUCUUACGGUCAGACCACCACAGAGGACGUCAUGAUGUCUUUUCUGCCUCUGGCCCACAUGUUUGAGAGGGUGGUGGAGGGAGUGAUGUUAGUACAUGGAGCAAGGAUCGGGUAUUUCCAGGGAGACAUCCGACUGCUGUCAGAUGACCUGAACACACUGAAGCCCACUGUGUUCCCCGUGGUACCACGACUCCUAAACAGAAUGUAUGAUAAGAUCUUUGGGCAGGCCAACACCUCUUUGAAGCGCUGGCUGCUGGGAUUCGCCUACAGGCGGAAGGAGGCAGAGAUGUUGAAAGGCAUCGUGAGGAGGGACAGUAUCUGGGAUCGACUCAUCUUCAAGAAAGUCCAGGCCAGCCUCGGAGGCCGCGUGCGUCUCAUGAUAACAGGAGCUGCUCCCAUCUCUCCUACUGUCCUCAGCUUCCUCAGAGCUGCAAUAGGCUGUCAGUUCUAUGAAGGCUAUGGACAAACAGAGUGUACAGCAGGAUGCACUUUGACUAUGCCUGGUGACUGGACUGCAGGUCACGUUGGAGCUCCUCUUCCCUGUAACUCAGUGAAACUGGUGGAUGUGGCUGAGAUGAACUACCUGGCUGUAAAUGGAGAAGGAGAGGUGUGUGUGAAGGGUCCUAACGUGUUCCAGGGUUACCUGAACGACCCGCAGAAGACUGCCGAGACUAUCGAUUCAGAGGGAUGGGUGCACACGGGAGAUAUUGGGAAAUGGCUUCCGAACGGUACUCUGAAGAUCGUGGACAGGAAGAAGCACAUCUUUAAACUGGCGCAGGGCGAGUACAUAGCUCCUGAAAAGAUAGAGAACCUCUACAUCAGGUGUGAUGCAGUGGCACAAGUCUUUGUGCAUGGAGACAGUCUGCAGGCGUGUCUGGUAGCAGUGGUGAUUCCUGACCCUGAGUUCCUGCCUGGCUGGGCCAAGAGGACCCUGGGACUGACUGGCAGCUACAAAGAACUAUGUGACAGAGCGGAAGUUAAGAAGGCCAUCUUGGAGGACAUGGUGCGGCUGGGGAAAGAAGGAGGCCUCAAGUCCUUUGAGCAGGUGAAGGACAUCUCCAUCCACACUGAGAUGUUCUCGGUGGAAAAUGGCCUGCUCACUCCAACCCUGAAGGCCAAGAGGAACGAAAUGAGACAACACUUCAGAUCCCAGAUAGAUGAGCUGUACGCUGGCAUCAACAUGUAGAAGAAGAAGAAGAAGAGAGGAGCUCUACCAAAGCUGUUUAGAUAGAGUUCUCCUCACAGACCAAAAGCAUCAUAAGCCUGUUUAAACCUCAUGGCUGGUAACAUUAGAAACAACAGGAGCAGCAGGUGAUGUAGCGGUUAAUGUAACUCAAAGCCUUUAGAUCCAAAUAUAUAUAUAACAUCUCUGACUCUCUGUGGGUGCAGAGCAGAUUUGAAGUGUGUCCAUAGAUGAAAUAGUUUUGCCUGCGCUGUGUACAGUACAAAUUCUGUUAUGAUUUGUUGAGUCUAAUCAGCUAUGAUGUGGAAUUAUCUUCAUUAAGGGCAUUUUUUAAAAAGGGAAAUAUCAAAGUGAAGCUCUGUAGCAUCACAUAUCUCAGGACCUCAGCUUCAUGAACCAUAGACAGUACUUUGUACACACACACACACUUUUUAACUUUUAAGGAUAAAGAGGGAAUACUCACACCACUAAAACGGGUUCAGUGAGGGUUAAACUAAACACCCUCGCACACAACACGUCAUUGUCUUUGAUGAGAUUUUUCUUCUUGUUGUCAGAUGUUAUGAUUUUGUUUAAAUAUGUUUGUUCACUAGAAAGUUAAAACGGAUUCUGUUGGAUCUCUUAAAUCUUUUCACGAAUAAGAUCGGGUCCAAUCAGGAUCCUGGGAACCAGCAGAGUGAGCCAUAUGAAUGUUAAUGCAAACAACAGGGAAUUUGAGGCCGUGAAGAACAAUCAGCACAUAGGGAAACUGUGUUCAUGUCUUAAUUUAUUUAUGAUGGUAACAUGAAGGGAAGAGAUUUGUUGAAUAAAUCAACUUUAUAUGUUUUUUUUUUUAAAGGUUGAAAACAGAGAUUUCAAAAUAACAUUGUUCACAACCUGAAUGACGUCCUAUUGAAUUUUGUGGUUUUAAACUCAUGGAAAUACUUUUGUCUUUUGCGGUCUAUCUAUAUGUGAUUGUUUUUACUGUGCUCUCAGAUUUAUUUUGUUAAAAUUUUAAUU